CCAAUUCGUACGGGCACCAAUACACCGCGCCUUUGCACGUUGCCCACUUGCUAGUUCGAAAACAAAAGAGGGAACUGCAGAUUUAUUAGGGUUUAAUAUUUGAGCCGCGUGAAGGAGUUCGAAUUUGGAGAAAGACUAAAUUCUCGAAAUUCAAGUGGUGAUUCUGCUGCCUCUUCCAAACCAGAAUUGUUUUUCAGUGAUUUGCAGCCAUGACCGAGUACUGGGUUAGUCAGGGCAACAAAUGGUGUGACACCUGCAAAAUUUACAUAUCCAAUAAUCCUGCCAGCAUUAGAAAUCAUGAGCUUGGCCAGCGACACAAGGAUAAUGUUGCCAAGAGGCUUAAUACCAUGCGGGAAGAGAAAGCUGCAAAAGAGAAAGAACAAAAGCAAGCAUCUCGUCUCCUGGAACAGAUAGAAGCUAAAGCAAAGCGCAGCUAUGAGAAGGAUUUAGCAACUUUUCGGGAGGCAAGAGACACAAAUGCACAGGCACUCAUUGCUGAAGAUAGUAAUCAAGGAAUUGCUGAUGGUUCCACCAUGUCUGGAGAUUGGGAGUAUGACAGUUCAUCAGGCUACUACUAUAAUCAAAAGAAUAAUUAUUACUAUGAUCCCAACUCCGGCUUCUACUAUAUGGAUAGUCUAGGCAAAUGGGUGACACAAGAAGAGGCCCUUGCUGCAUUUCAAGUUUCUUCAGCUUCAGGCCCUACUCAGAAGAAACCUAGUCUAGGGAAGCCACCAUCAGCAUCAGAGAAUAGACCUAGUGGUGAAACCAAGUCUGCCUCAACCUCUGAAAGUGGACCUCCACCUGGACGUGUGGUUUCCACACCACUCAAUCCAUUGAGACCUGUCAAAGGGGCUACAUCCUCAGUUGCUGUUAAGAGAAAAAGGCCAGAUGAGAAGCCAAAAGCUAUGUCUAAAGAGGAAGAAGCUGCCCUUAAGGCUAGGGAAGCUGCUAGAAAGAGAGUUGAAGAGAGAGAAAAACCACUUCUCGGUCUUUACAAGCGCUGAUACAUAGUUACUUCCAGAUGCUCCUCCAUGUUUGUUGUAAGGGGAAAUCUGAAGCUUCAAGGGACAGAACGAGCAACAAGCACUAUCAAAUUAGCUGGCUGCUCCUACUUUCUGUACAGAAAUACUUGCAGGAAACAGGUUCACAGCAAUAUCUGUGCUCUGAUUUGUACCAUGUACUAACAUCCUGAAAUUUGUUUGUAGGUGUGGAGAUGAGGACCCCUUUAGUAUCUCCACUUUCACUUAUUACAAAGAUCAUUACUUGGUGGUUUCUGAAAUACAAUGUCCAAACUCUUCUGAAUAUCUUAUGAACUAGCAAUCUUUUAAUUUU